GCCCCGCCGCCCAGGUCUCGCGAGAGCUCGGCUGCGCCUGCGCGACCCGGCGGGGCGGAGGGAGAUCCGAGCGGCGGGAGCGGCGGACCGGGCCCUGCCUGUGCCCGCAGGUGCCAUGGAGGACACGGCUGAGAACACCACGGUGCUGGCCACGCUGCGCUCCCUCAACAGCUUCAUCGCGCAGCGCGAUGGUCAGCCCGCCGCGCCCGGCUCCCUGCAGGGGCAGUACCAGCAGAGCAUGCAGUUGGAGGAGAGGGCAGAGCAGAUCCGCUCCAAGUCCUACCUCAUCCAGGUGGAGCGGGAGAAGAUACAGAUGGAGCUGAGCCACAAGCGGGCCCGCGUGGAGCUGGAGCGGGCCGCCAGCACCAGCGCGCGCAACUGCGAGCGGGAGGUUGACCGCAAUCAGGAGCUGCUGGCGCGCAUCCGGCAGCUGCAGGAGCGCGAGGCCGAGGCCGAGGAGAAGGUGAAGGAGCAGCGCGAGCGCCACCGGCUGUGCCAGCAGAGUCUGGAGGCCGCCGGCCAGAAGCUGCGGGAGAAGGAGGACGACCUGGCCGCUGCCAGCGAGACCAUCCAUGCGCUGAAGGGGCGGGUCUCGGAGCUGCAGUGGAGCCUGCAGGACCAGGAGAUGCAGCUGAAGCGCCUGGAGUCGGAGAAGCAGGAGCUGGCGGAGCAGCUGGAGCUGCGGCACAGACAGUGGCAGGAAGCGCAGGAGAAGAUCCAAGAGCUGCAGGCCAGCCAGGAGGUGAGGGCCGACCACGAGCAGAAAAUCAAGGACUUGGAGCAGAAGCUGACCCUGCAGGAGCAGGACGCCGUCCUCGUGAGGACCAUGAAGUCCGAGCUGGCACGGCUGCCCAAGGUGGAGCGCGAGCUGAAGCGGCUGCGGGACGAGAACACGCACCUGCGGGAGAUGAGCGAGAGCAACGGGCUGCUGCGGGAGGAGCUGGAGGGGCUGCAGCGGCGGCUGGCACGCCAGGAGCAGGUGCAACAGGCGCUGGUGGACCUGGAGCUGGAGAAGGAGCGGCUGCUGGCCAAGCUGCGAGGCUGGGAGAGGCUGGACGAGGCCACAGGCCUGGACCUCAGGACUCCAGAAGACCUUUCCAGGUUCAUUGUGGAGCUGCAGCAGAGAGAACUCGCCCUGAAGGACAGGAACAGCAGCGUCACCAGCAGUGCCCGAGCCCUGGAGAAGGUCCAGCAACAGCUGCAGGAGGAGGUGCGCCAGGUCAGCGGGCAGCUGCUGGAGGAGAGAAAAAAGCGAGAGACCCACGAAGCACUGGCCCGAAGGCUCCAGAAGCGUGUCCUGCUGCUCACAAAGGAGCGAGACGGCAUGCGUGCCAUCCUGGGGUCCUACGACAGUGAGCUGACACAGGCUGAGUACUCACCCCAGCUGACCCGGCGCAUGCGUGAGGCUGAGGACAUGGUGCAGAAGGUGCUGGCGCACAGCACGGACAUAGAGGCUCAGCUGUCACAAACCCUGGAGGAGCUGGGAGGCCAGAAGCAGAGAGCGGACAUGCUGGAGAUGGAACUGAAGAUGCUGAAGACACAGUCCAGUUCUGCCGAGCCCAGCUUCCGCUUCUCCAGGGAGGAGGUGGACGCCCUCAGGUUGAAGGUUGAGGAGCUGGAGGGCGAGCGGAGUCGCCUGGAAGCGGAGAAGAAGGAGCUGGAGCUGCUCCUCGAGAGACGCAACCUGCAGGGCGACUACGACCAAAGCAGGACCAAGGUGCUGCACCUGAGCCAGAACCCUGCCAGCACGGCCCGGCAGCGUCUGCGUGAGGACCACGAGCAGCUGCGGACUGAAUGUGAGAGGUUGCGGGGGCUGGUGCGUGCCCUGGAGCGGGGAGAUCCCGUUCCCACCGACCUGGAAGCUGCCGCCAGCCUCUCGUCAUCCCAGGAGGUGGCAGAGCUGCGGAAGCAGGUGGAAAGUGCCCAGCUGAAGAACCAGCGGCUCAAGGAGGUCUUCCAGACCAAGAUCCAAGAGUUCCGCAAAGCCUGCUACACGCUCACCGGCUACCAAAUUGACAUCACCACCGAGAACCAGUACCGGCUCACCUCCCAGUACGCCGAGCACAAGGCAGACUGCCUCAUCUUCAAGGCCACAGGCCCCUCGGGCUCCCAGAUGCAGCUGCUGGAGACGGAGUUCUCGCGCUCGGUGCCAGAGCUGAUUGAACUGCAUCUGCUGCGCCAAGACAGCAUCCCAGCCUUCCUCAGCUCCCUCACGCUCGACCUCUUCAGCCGCCAGACCAUGACCUAGCCUGCCCUCCAGCUGUGCCCACUGCGUCCCGGCAAGAUGCUCCGUCCCAGCAUGGCCUGACCGGCACCCAGCGCGACCAGGUUUGGCCGGGAACCACCACCCAGCACCUUCCGGCCGGCAGGCUCGUGACCAGGGGAGGGCCCGGCUCUGCCAGUCCCCUAUUUCAUCUGCUUGCAGGAUCAGGUCCGGGGAGGCUGUGACCACCAGCCAUGCCCCAACUCCACAAAUAAAGCUUCCUCCAAUCACCGUC